AUGCAGCUUUCCGCUGUUCUCAUGACUCUCACAUUUGCUGUGUCAGCAUCAGCAUUAGAAAAUGGGCCUGGAGUAUUCUGCACACCACAACCACCGGCGCUUCCAGAAGGGAAAGUUUGCACCCAAGGAAUAGCACGCUGCGUAGGUCUUCUGCCUUGGGCAGGAUUGCCUCCCUCCAUGCUUCCCUUGUCUCAAGAUACUGUUGUGCACUAUAAAUCUGACAAACAUAUAGUGUCAAAAAUCCCACACCCCCAAAUUCGCUGCGGCCGCAAGCUGUCGUCCUUUUUAUAGUGGGGCGUAUAAGUGCAACAGUGAUCAAGGUGUAAGUAUAAUGCUUUGUUCAGUCCAAAGAAACCAUUCUUUUUGCCAAUAAUGCUGGGCUAAUUGUUCAAUGA